CCCCGGCCCCAGCACCACGCCUCUCCCAGCUGUGCAUGGCAGCCCCGGCGCCCUGGCAUCUCUAUGCCAUGUCAGUGAGCCUCCUCAAGAGGGCAGCCUGGUAAAGCUCAACGGAGCAUGUGUUUUGAUGCCAUCUGAGGCACGGCGGGGGAGGGGGGCGCCGAUGCCCGAGGUGUCCUGCGUGUGACAUUUCAGCAGUUCCCUUUGACAGAUGCUUCGCGUGCCCCACAUCAAGCCCUGACUAGCCACAGUCAGAUGGGUGAGCAGGAACGUCAGAGCGAAUAGCAACAAACUCGAUAGCAGAAAGCCCCGGGGGAGUGGAAGGAGCCGUGCUUAGCAUCGUCAAAAUAGCACAGUGCACCUAGCAAUGCUCCACUGGGAUGGUUGGCUCAGAAGGGCAGAAGAAGCCCUAGAGCCUAUGUCUACCCGGCUUAGUGGGUGGAAGACCGAGAAGUGGCUAUAAUGGUGCUGAAUGCCCGAAGCUAGAACAGGAGGAGUGCUAUGCCGGGAAUGCCAGUGGGAGAAUGUCAGGUUUCAAACAGGGCUCCUGACAGGCUCACUGCUGUGCCGUCCACACCAAAGUGCCAUCAGAAGCGCCCCUUCCUGUCAGUCCCACAGGACCAGCAAUCCUAGGAGGGCACUGGCUCUGCUUCUUGAGGGAUGCCCAGAACCCCGCCGGCAUGAGCGAUAUGCCCACCCAGCCACUCAUGUGGUGAAAUACCAGGAGCAGCAAACACAAGUGCCGGGGAAGGAUCCCCCUAGAGGCUGAAUGGGUCAUGGCAGAAGGAACUGCUUUGAGACAAGAUGGGGCAUGUGACCAGAAAGUCAUUGUCCCUGGGGAUCCUAGUGUGAAUCCGGACAUGCAGUCUGGUCGCGGGGUCCCUGGGGAUCCAGGUGCAAUUCCUGACACAUGGUCUGUGCAUGGGGUCCCUGGGAAUUGUGGGGCCCAUCCUGAUGCACAACCUGGGCGUAGGAUUCCGAGGGAUCCCGAGGUGAAUCCUGGCACGCAGCCUGCAAGUGGGGUCCUUGGGGAUCCUUGAGUGAAUCCUAAUGCAUGGUCUGGGAAUGGAGACCCUGGGCAUCCUGGGGUGAAUCUGGACAUGAGGCCUGAGCACGGGGUCCCUGGGCAUCCCGAGACUAAUCUGGAGGUGCGGUCUGGAUGCGGGGUCCUUGGGCAUCCGGGGGUGAAUCCUGACAUGCAGCCUGUAAGGGGGUCCCUGGGCAUCCCGGGGUCAAUCCAGACACAUAAUCUGGGUGCAGGGUCCUUGGAGAUCCUAGUUCAAAUUCUGAGGUAUAGUCUGGGCAUGGGUCUUUGGGGAUGCUGGUGCAAUCCUGACACACGGCCUGUGUGGAGGAUCCCUGGGGAUCCGGAUGAAUCCUGACAUGUGGUCUGGGCCUGGGGUCCCUGCGAAUCUUGGGGUCGGCUCCUGACAUGUGGCCUGCAACCCAUUUCCAUUACCUAGUUUUGCUUUCGCCCGGCCCAAUUGCUUUCAGGCUUGCUGCACUUUGCAGAGGUGGCGGCCGCCCCUGCUGCCUUUCAGCACCGUGCUGGGGGCUCCCUCCCCACCCCUGAGAUGCUGAGUUGGCUUCCUGGAGACUGCAACCACAAGCCAGAAAACAAGAGCGAGAGAGUCUUGUGUGGGAGCCACACACCAGACAGAGAACGAACGAAAGAACCUGGUUUUGGCCCUCCCUUCCCAGCCUAUAAUGCGAUCACCCUGCAGCCUGUGCCAGUGACAGUGAUGGACGUGCUGUGGGUAUCUCUGGUGGCUCUUUUCCUGAUGGCGCCCAGACAAGUCCAGGCAAAUACAACGUCCCCUGCCAUCCCCUGGAACAUCACACAUGGUGGACACGGGAACACGUCUGCAGAGCCAGGCCUCUCAGGAGAGGGAUCCAUCCGUUUGGUGAAUGGCAGCAGCCGCUGCAGUGGUGCCGUGGAGGUCCAUCAUCAUGGGCAGUGGAUGCCAGUCUGCCAGAAAAUGUGGGACAAGGAGGCCUCCCAUGUGGUCUGCAGACAGCUGCACUGUGGGGAGGCAAAGGAGACAGCAGCUAGACCCAUCCCCAGCCCUGUGUGCCCGCCCAGGUCAACACCCACAAAGAAAGCCACCCUGUCCUCUCAGAGCCUCUGCCCUUCCCUGCACAUCCACUGCGUGGGUCUGGAGAGCACAUGGAAGCAGUGCAAUGUGUCAGAGCUGUGCUGUGGUGAGAAGCCGGCCAGCGUUACCUGCACAGGUUCCCAAUCUGUGCGCCUGGUUGGUGGGGGCAGUUGCUGUGAGGGCCGCGUGGAGGUUGAGGCGGACGGUGUCUGGGGCACAGUGUGCGACGACGCCUGGGACCUGGAUGACGCUGGGGUGGUAUGUCAGCAGCUGAGGUGCGGCUGGGCCAUCCAGGCUCCAGUGGCCUCCUUCUUCCGUAAAGGGACAGGCCCCAUCCACCUGGAUGAGGUGAGCUGUGCUGGGAACGAAUCCUACCUGUGGGACUGUCCAGCUGAGAGGAGCCAUGACUGCGGCCAUAAGGAAGAUGCCGGUGUGGUGUGCUCAGAGCACCAGGAGUGGCGCCUGUUGGGGGGCAGGGACGCCUGCGCUGGCCGCGUAGAAGCUUAUUACCAGGGCGUGUGGAACAUGGUGUGCGACGGGACCUGGUACAAGGAGGAGAUGGACGUGCUGUGCCAGUGGCUGGGUUGUGGCCCCUCUGUCCAGAAGCUGAACUUCAACCACACACAGGAGGGCAGGAUGAGCUACCUGUGCUCCGGGACUGAGGCCUCGCUGUCCUGGUGCCAAUGGCACUACAACAACUUGAACCUGUGCCACCAGUCCCAGGCUGCCGGCGUGAUCUGCAACGGCUCGCUGGGCUUGCUGAACACGUCUGCCGUGCCCCCCCUGGAGGUGAUGACUCCAGACACCGGGAGAAGCACAGCUGAGCCACUAUGCUGGGAAGCCAAGGCCCUCUCGAACUGGACUCUCCUCCUCUGUGCCGUCCUGAGCCUUCUCUUCUUGGUCACCGUGCUGGCCUUCACCGCCGCCCUUCUGAGGAUGAGGAGAAAACACGCCCACACCGUGUCCUCUUCCUCAUUAGCCGCCCCGGUCCUGGUGAAUCAUAGCGCGCAGGGCACGGAGAUGCCUGCAGGGGGUGCCAAUGACUACAGGAAAGUGACCCCCAAAGCAGAAGCAGAGCCGCUGGCCGUGCCCGCUCCUGGCUCCGAGGACUCCGAUUCCGACUACGAACACUAUGAUUUCAGCAGCAAGCCGCCCGUGGCGCUCUCCACCUUCUACAAUUCGCUUCGGCACCGAGCAGCGGACGAGACCCUCCCUGCGAGCGGCUUCCCCCCGGCACCUGGCCAGGAGGUGCUGAAUGAGGGCCCGGAGCCCUGGGGCCAGCCAGAGCAAAGGCCCUGCGAGGAGCUCCCCGCUGAGUCCAGCUCAUCCUCUGAGGACAACUACUACAAUAACGGCACCACCAGGCAGCAACAGUGGGGCAACCCAGCCCCUCCUCCCACCGGCAACCUCUUAACGCCAGUGCCUCCUGCCCAGGGCAACAGUGGCUCCCAGCUCUCCUUCCAAGGGCCCUCCGGAGCCGACAGCUCCAGCACCUCGUCCGGAGAAUGGUAUGAAAACUUCCACAGCACAGCGCACCAGGGAGCCCAGCCAGGGAACACAUCAGGCUGGCCGGCUGUCUCCCAGCCAUUGGGGAGCUGUGAGCCUGUGAGCGACAACUCAGAGGGCAGCGAUUACGAUGAUGUCCAAGGCCUGGCGUACUAGAGCAGGGGUGUCACUGCAAGUCUGUGCCUCCAGACCUCCCUCCUGCCUUCAACACAGAGGACAGCAAAUCAGUGGGUGAUAAUUGAACCUCACAUCCCUGCACUGAGUGUGUUUGAUUAGCACAAGUUCAGCCAUGGGGGGAAGGUUUCUGUGCAGGUCCCAGAACCAGCCCUGAAUGGAUCAGCAUUUUCCAGUGCAGCCCCCAUGGGUCUGGAAGGAGCUGCACUCCUCUACCCACUGGCAGCUCUGACCCUGAGAAAUCCACGGAGACCUUCCCAAGAACAUCCCCUUCCCAGCCCACAUUCUCUGCUGACGCCCAGCUAGCCCUGACCACUCAGGCCCAUAAGUGAACCCCUGGUGUCUGCGGGGUGUCCGGGACUCCAUCCUCAGUGCUCAGGACACAGGCCAAGCUCUCCAGGAUGACUGCCAGGGCCGGAGGCUCUAUUCCCCGCCGGGAAAGGUGCUUGGACACACGGUGAUGGGCGCAGCACAGAGACCUAGCUGGAGCCCUAGGGAUGAUAAGCUGGAGGUCAGAUGUCCUAGGGGAGCAGCCAGACUGCUUGGCUCCCUUUGGGACAGUGACUUAGGGGGCUGGGUUCAAUCCUCUGUAUGUAGAUUCCCUGCAGCAAUAACCAGUCCCCAGUGAUUAGCCCGCAGACAGGAACUGGGGUGCUCAGAUUCAAUGCACAGGGGGUAGCUCCCCCUGUCUCUGGCUAGAUCCUGAGACAGAAGGUGCUGUCAAUGGGCAAAAUAUCCUCUGAAGAACUGUGGGUGAUGAAUGAGGCCAUGGAGGAUGGUUCUUCCCUCUCCCCCAAGCAAGGGGCUGCUGGCAGUGCCAGGGGAUUCACAGCUGCUGCCCAUGGUGUACCCGCCUCCAAAGCUGACACUGGAGAGAAGAGGCUGGCUCCAACCUUCUAUGGAGGGCUAAGGCUUUUAGGGAUUUUUUUCCCUUGGCAAGUGUAGAUGAAAAUAGAAAAAAAAUUAUUUCAUCGACAUUUUUCCCUGAGAUCUUCCUGGGUUUUCAUUGAACAGAAUCUUUAUCUUUCCCCCACGAAACCCCAAAACCUUUCAACAGAACCGGCCUCUGCUGGGGGAAAGCCCUUUUUGCACCAAAAGAACCAUGUUGACAGGAGACUUCUGAGCAGCUGUAAGAGUGAGAAUGAGACGCUCUGGGCUGCUUUCACUGGGGAACCCCGAGCAUCCGGAACUGUAAAGUUUCCCUGCAGUCACUCACUGAUCCUCCCCACGGCCCUGCCAGGUGGCUGAGGAUUCCGAUCUCCAUUCUACAUGGGGGGGAAAAUGAGGCACGGCUCGAUGAAAUGACUUGAUCAAGGCCACCUACCGAGUCAGUUGCAGCUCCUAGCCCUAUGCUUGUUCAUCCACCCCCCGGGACACUCCUCUGUGGUUUGCUCCGGGGGCAUUUUAUUUAGCUAAAAAUUCCCUGCAACAUGGACCUGGGACCCUGAAUUGAAACCUUCCCCUCCAGUCUUGGAGCAGGGGUAGGGGUGGGGGUGGGGGGAGAGGAGAGCUGCAUGGAAGGAUGGCAAUAAUGAAUGUAUCUUCCAGGAUCUGGGAGCACAAGCACUGUGUAAAUAGUGGAGCAGCAUGUGGCUGCCGCAUACGGCUGCUCCCUCACUCUCCCGUGUGGCAGCACCAUUGCAAGGCGUGUUGUGAGAUUAAAAGGCUUUAACUAGA